AUGAAGGUCAUCAUUGUUGGCGCAGGCAUCGCCGGGCUCUCACUGGCCAUUUCCCUAACGAGACACAACCACCACGUCGUACUGGUAGAGUCAUCACCGCAGUUGGCAGAACUAGGCGCAGGAGUACAAUUGACUCCGCAAGCUAUCAAGUACCUCUUCAAAUGGGGCCUCAAGGACGACUUACUGGCAGAGUCCAUCGUCCCUGACCGCAUGUAUGUCCGGCACUACGAAGACGGCCGUCUCCUCGGUACCAUACCUGUCGAUCAAAUGACGACGCGGUACGGCGCACCAUACAUUGUCAUUCACAGGGCCGUAUUGCAUUCUAUCCUGCACAAGCACGCGGUAAAAGGCGGGGCAGAGAUCAGGACAGACAGUAGAGUUGUCCAGUACGAUUUCGCUGCCGGCGCGGUAAAGCUUCAUACUGGGGGAAGGCUAGAGGCAGACGUUGUCGUUGCCGCUGACGGUAUCCACUCAUUCGCGCGGCAGCAGCUCCUGGGAGCUUCGGAUCCUGGCAGUCGCCCAACUGGAUGGGCUGCGUUUAGAAUGUCUGCGGAAGUGCGCAGAAUCAGAGACGACCCUCUGCUUGCCAAAGUCACGGGUUUGGGUUCCGGAAGCUCAAACUUUUGGAUCGCUCCGCACAAAUCUUGCAUGACCUAUCUUGUUAAAGGCGGAACUGUACUCAAUAUUGUCUUGUCCCAUAGGGAUCAUGUCGACACAAGAGGCUUUUCUUUGGAGCAAUACAAGCAGACCGUUGAUGAGGAGUUUCGAACCUUUGACAGACCAUUGUUCGACUUGUCAGUUCCAAAGAUUAGCAACUAUCCCGUCUACGAAGUUCCACCGCUUCCAAAAUGGGUGGAUUCGUCGGGCCGUUUCACCUUGAUGGGAGACGCAGCUCAUGCCAUGGCCUUUUAUAUGUCCAUGGGCGUGAGUCUCGCCGUGGAAGACGCAACUGCCCUUACCACAGCGUUGAAUUUCGUCGGGGCCAAGGCCGACUCCAAGGAACAGGGGUCGGUCCCAGGGCUGGCAAGCUCUGCAGGCAGAGAGAUUCUAAGAAAAGUAAUGCAUGAGUUCCAAAAGGUCCGUAUGAGGCGGGUAUUGGCCGUGCAAAGGGCUAGUCUGUAUGCCGGCGAUACGCUUCACGUCGAGGACGGUGAUAAGAGGGUGGCGCUAUAUGAGGCGUUGCAACAAUCACAUAAGGCCUUCUUGCAGCCGCCCAUGGACUCGAACCAGGUCGUCGAGAAUACCAUUCAGAUCAUUCCCCGUGGGCCGGAGCGUUGUGGUCUGGGAGGUAUAUCUGACAAAGCUACGCGCGAUUGGUGCUAUGAUUUUGAUGCAGAUGGCGAUGUCUUGUCGGCUAUUGAAAUGGCGGAUAUUUGA